UUGACCGUUUUGAACGUCCGACCAGAAGACAUGGAAUCUACAUGUAAGGAAAGGAGUCUUUUAUACUUACUUCUCUUUGCAGUAUGCACAGCCGGCGUUUGCUUUGGUGCAAGACGAUCAAAUGUUCGGAGAUCUGAUCGCCUGAGUCCUCCUUUAGACAUCCAGCUGGAGACAGUCAACUGCACCGCCUUUAGUGUGCGAUGGAAGAUGCCCCGGCGACACGUCAGCACCAUCACUGGAUACAAGGUCUUCUACACAGAGGUGAGAAGUGGUCGUCCAAUGGGAACAGCAUCUUUGGUGGAGGUGCCUCUCAGCUUGGACAUGCUGACCACUGGGCAAUUUGAUGGACAAGCAAGCUUUGAUGUGGACAUUGGUAACCUUAAGAUGAACACCAAGUACAGAGUCACAGUUGGAGCGUACGGUUGGGCAGGGGAGGGCAGACCCAGCAUGCCCAGAGACAUCAGCACUGCCCCACAUGACACAUGCAUGCCCCCGUCGCCCCCCACUCAGCCCGUUGUCAUGGCUGUAUCUGACACAGAGCUGGCGUUGUCAUGGCAGCAAGGAGAGAGUGAGGGUAGCGCACCUGUCCUUCACUUCCUGGUGGCUUACAUCAGGCCAGAAAUGGACACGGAGUGGACAUAUAUCCGUGAGCCUAUCGAGACCAACUCCAUGGUUUUGAAGGGGUUACUACCGGAAACAGAGUACCAGUUUGUUGUCAGGGCGGCCAACAUGCACGGAGUCAGCCCACCCAGCAACAUCAACAACCCCGUGCGCACUCUCGGUGCCUCAGAAGUUGGCAGCGGUGAUUACGGCCGUUACAUCACAGAUUCAGGGAUCAAAGAUGAUGAUGGCUUUGAUGUUGAUGACUCUGAUUAUGAUGUCUUUAUUGAGGAGCUGAAGCCAUUCCCAGGUAUCAACCAGGACAACAGGAAGUCGCAGCUCCGUUUGCGGCCUGAUCCGUCAUCUGGUUGGAACGUCGUUUACCGUAUGAACACCAUCGCUCCUCCAAAUGUUACUACCCCUCCACUUUCCUCCACCACCUCAUCCAUCCUCCCAGAUUUCUCAGAUCUGGUUUUCUCAACCACCUCAGAGCCCAGUACCACUACUGACACCACAACUACUGCCCCACUAACCACUACCAGCAUCACUUUACCCACCACCACUACCACCCCAACCAUGUCUCCCUGGAAAGGUGAGAUACCUCGUGUGUACGACCUGACCUGCGAUGACACCGUGUGCCCCCCCGACAGCUUCUGUCUGAGCGAUUACGAUGGUGGAGGCUCACGCUGCCACUGUAACCUCGGACGAAGAGGGGACACCUGCUCUGAGGUGGUCACCGUGAACUUUCCCAGGUUCUUUGGCUACUCUCACAUGACCUUUGAACCCUUGAAGAACUCCUACCAGACCUUUCAGAUCACUCUAGAGUUCAAGGCAGACUCUGAGGAUGGCUUGCUGCUCUACUGUGGAGAAAAUGAACAAGGCCGUGGAGACUUUACCUCUUUGGCUCUGGUGCGAGGCAAGCUGCACUACAGGUUCAACUGUGGUACAGGAGCAGCUCAAAUAAUCAGCGAGAGUCGUAUUGUUGUCGGUCAGUGGCACACGGUCACUAUCUUCAGAGAUGGCAUGAGCGGCUGGCUGCGUAUGGACAAUGACACUCCUAUAUCUGGACGCUCACAGGGCCAGUACACUAAGAUCACUUUUCGCUCCCCGCUGUAUGUGGGUGGAUCCCCGAGUACUUAUUGGCUGGUCAGGGCGACAGGGACAAAUCGUGGCUUUCUUGGCUGCAUUCAGAGUCUGACCAUCAACAACAAGGCGAUAGACAUCAGACCUUGGCCUCUGGGCAGAGCUCUGAGCGGGGCUGACAUAGGUGAGUGCAGCGACAGCGUGUGUGACCUGGUCAGCUGCGCCAAUGGUGGAGUCUGCUUUGCAAACCGUGCUGAUGGCUACAUCUGCCUGUGCCCGCUCGGCUUCAGGGGAGCACUUUGUGAGGAGACUUUCUCACUGUCAUCACCUCUCUUUAAUGAGACCGUGUUUUCAUACGCUGUCAUCCCGUGGCCUCAGUCCUCUCAGAGUUAUCUUUCCUUCAUGGAGUUUGAGCUGACGUUUCGGCCGUCGAUGCCCGACGGGACACUGCUAUACAGUGAUGAUGCAGGCAGCGGAGACUUCUUGGCUAUCAACCUGGUGGACGGAUAUGUAGAAUUCAGAUUUGACUGCGGCUCUGGAGGGGCUACAAUUAGGAGUGAGGAACAGAUUAGUAUGGACACAUGGCAUGAGCUGAGGGUGUCUCGCACAGCAAAGAGUGGUAUCCUUCAGGUGGACAGCCAAAGGCCAAUGGAAGGAAUCGCUGAGGGAGCGUUCACUCAGAUCAACUGCAGUUCACCUCUUUAUAUUGGCGGAGUACCAGAAUAUGAGAAAGCCAAGAGGACAGCAAGUGUGAUUAAACCCUUCACUGGAAUCAUUCAGAAGCUGAUACUCAAUGACCGCAUCAUCCCGAUAACAACUGGCACUGCUGGUGGCGUAAAUGUGGCAAAUUCAGCUCACCCAUGUGUGGAGAGUCCCUGUGCCAACGGAGGGACCUGCAGGCCAAAGUGGGACAGUUAUGAGUGUGACUGCCCCCUGGGGUACGAUGGGAGGCACUGCCAGAAAGAGUGUGGAAAUUACUGUUUGAACACUGUGACUGAAGCCAUUGAGAUCCCGCAGUUCAUUGGCCGAAGUUACCUGACAUAUGACAACAGAGACAUCCUGAAGAGGGUGUCUGGGUCCAGGACCAACCUUUUCAUGCGUUUUAAGAGCACAGCCAAGGAUGGCCUGUUGCUAUGGCGAGGAGACAGUCCAAUGAGACCCAACAGUGACUUCCUGUCUAUGGGGCUUCAGGAUGGUGCACUUAUCUUCAGUUAUAAUCUGGGCAGUGGUACGGCUAACAUUGCUGUCAAUGGGACCUUUACUGAUGGAAAGUGGCACCGGGUCAAAGCUGUGAGGGAUGGCCAGUCAGGGAAGCUGACAGUGGAUGACUAUGGAGCAAAAACAGGCAGGUCACCUGGAAAGAUGAGACAACUUAAUAUCAACGGGCCCUUAUAUGUUGGUGGUAUGAAAGAGAUAGCCCUUCACACAAACAGACAGUACAUUGGAGGCUUAGUGGGCUGUGUGUCCCACUUCACCCUCUCCACUGAUUAUCACUUGGCACUGGUGGAGGAUGCUGCUGACGGCAAGAACAUCAACACCUGCUCCAACUAGAAAAAGGCUUCAGUAUGUGAAGGCCCAUUUUCAGCAACAUUAUCAACUGGAGCAAACACCUUGACCAGCUGAUUUGUCCUCGAGACUGACUUAAACAAUUAAAUUUUGAUCGACCAAUUCAGGGCUGACAUGAUAUAGACUCAAUAUGGGAAAGACUAACAACAUUGAUACUUUGAGUCAUGAGAUGAUUAAAGUGGCUCCUGUGCAAAGUUUCCACACAGACUCUA